AUGAGUAGAAAGUUGAUUGCUCUACUCGGGCGAAUUGCCUCCCCAUUUUUGGCUGUUCGUCUGACGAAGGAAGAGUUAUGUCUUUCAAUGGCUGCUUUAUCUCGUCUGCCGCCCCUUCGACAGGAUGAACUUGUAGGCAUUAACUUUGAUGCGAUUGCAAAACGGGCGCAGCGUGUUAGUCCUUUGUGUACUCCUACAGAGAUAGGAAUGAUUUCUGAUGGUGCUACGGCGCUUUUGUGUGGACGUGUUGAUUUAGCAGAUGCACUUAUCAGUGAUUUGUAUACGGCAAUAAAGAAAGAAGUUCCCUGUCGUAUUAAUCAACUGACAGCUACUGUCCGCUACACUAAUAUUUUAGAAAAUUAUUACAAUGAAACAGUUCCCGUACUUUUAAGGUCUGCAGCAAAGUUACUACAUAAGAAUGAUAGUUUAAACGUGUUGGAUAUUUUUGUGCGUCUCGCAAAGUCGUAUUUACCGGAAGAGGAAUUCAAUGCAACGAUGGACGAAUUACGAAUGAAAGCAACAGAUGAACAGGUUAACUGGAUUAAUACCGCGUGUAAUCGUUGGAAAGAUAAAAUAGUAUCUAAGAUGGAUGGAAGAGGAAAUACAAAAGAAGAACAAGGAAAGGAAGAAGGAGAAGAAGAAGAAGAAAAUGGCUGGACUGCAUCACGUGCACGAAAGUGGCUUUCUCUUCGUGUACGAAAUAAUAAACUCUGGACAUUAUCAGAGGCCGUACAGGCAUUAGAAUUGUAUGCUUAUUUUGCCGUUCGUGACCCUGUAUUACUUGAAAAAAUUCAAGAUGCUGCUAUUUCUGUAAUACCUAAAGCUAGUAAAUCGGAAAUAAAUGAAAUUCGUAAAGUUGUUAUGACAUCCUUUCAUCUUUUUCCACGAGUUCGAAAGGAACUAACAGAUUGCAACCCAAACUUAAGCGAAACAUCAGAAAAGAAUAAUAUGAUGGGAAGUAACAGUUCUAUCAUCUCUUCACUAGCCAAGAGAUUUAAAACAUCUCAAGCGUAUGAGAAUUUAUUGAUGGGUCGAAAAAUACCAGAAGAUUGGUUGUUUGAAGUUAUGCAAGAACAGGAUGGUACUUCUCCUGUAGAUGUGGCAGCACAGGCUGCUUGUAUUUUUGCUGAAAAAGGAGAAAUUCCAGAAGGUAUUAUUUUACAAAUCUCUGCACAUGUAGAAGAUCUUUCUCUGUCUGGAUUUGCAGCUUUUAUUCGAGCAGUUCGUCGAGACUCUUCUGAGGCAUUGUUACCACAAUCUCCAGCUGUUUUUCGUAAGUUUGCUAUGAAAGGAAUUCGAGAGGCAACUCUGGAAACUUUAAAGGAAAUAUGUAUGGCCUAUGCACUACCUUUUCCACGUGGUACAUCUAAAAAAGAGGAUUCUCUCUAUUUAAAGGAUCAACAUACUUUAGAAGAGGCUGUUAUUACACAAUUACUUUCUAUUAUGCGUGACACCUCUUCAAUUUCAUUUAUAUGCGAAAUAGCAAAAGUGGUACAUUCUAUUGAUAAGAUGAAUGAAGUUGUACAGUUUGUUUGUCAAAGUGUAUAUACACAAAAGGAAAUAACGGUAGAUGAUGCAUUAGCCCUUUUGGAUAUGUUAUUUUAUCGUAACUACGUUCAUGAACCUUUACUUGAUAUGAUGGAACCUAUCUUUCGCAGACUUGUUGAAUCUGUAAUUCUUCAAUUAGAGAAUGGUAGUGAAAUUAAUGAGGUUGAAGCCCAACAAGUUGCCAAGUUUGCCGCAUUACAAGCUUCUUUUGAUGCCCCUGAUUUUGAGGUAUUGGCAACUCAGUUAAUACAUGCUGUUGAAGAAAAUAUGGAACGUACUCCUAAAGAGUAUCUUCCAGGAGUAGGUUUACUUUGUCAACGAUAUAGACGAGAUGCCACUGUUCAGAAAAUUCAAGAUAAACUUAUGGAUUCUGUACAGAACCUUUCUGAUAAGGCUCUGGAAUCACUUAUACGAUUAUCCACAAAGGAGAAAAAUACAGUCGUGAAGGAACUUGUUAAUCAAAUCUGUUCUGUUGUUUCAGGGCGAUUGGCCUAUCAACGGGUAUUACCUCCAGAUGUGGUGGCUCUAACAGUGGUAUUACACUGUCGUCAUUGCAGUUCAAAAGAUAUAAUUGAAGAAACUCUAACAGAUUAUGUGUUAGAAUGGAUGGAGGCAUUAAGUUCGGAAGUAUACGUUUCUUUAUCUCGUGUUGUACAUUUGGGUGGUGUUUCAGAAUCGUUUGCAAAUGGAAUCAUGGAUGAUUUUCCUCGUCGCUUAAACUUCAUGACACCAACAGAGAUUGCUCUUGUUGCUUUUGGUCUUGGAGAAGUGACUGGUGUAGGACAACGACUUUCUCAUCAACUCAUUGCUGAAAAAUGUUCUGAUUACGUAGUUGACCACUCACAUGAAUUCUGGAGUGGAAAAGAUAUUUCUUAUCUUAUUUAUGGUUUUUCUCGUAUGCAGUGUACAAAACGUAGUUUGUAUAAUGUUUUUGCAACACGUCUUGCUAUGCGUCCUAUAUUAUCAUCUAUGGAUCAAGAAUCUAUUAGUCUUGCUGUUGGUGCUUUUGGUCGCUCAAAGUAUCUUGACAAGAAACUUUUUGAUAGUUUCUCUCGUCGAAUAUUGGAACAAUCAAAUAAUCUUCAAGCUGCAGAUUUAAUGCUAACUAUAAGAGGAUUUAGUCGUGUAAUGCUAUUAAAUGAUACUCUUUAUGAGAAUCUUGGAACCAAGGCUGCAGAAAAAGUGAAUGAAUUUCCAAUUGAUUCUCAGUGUACUCUACUUGCUUCCUUUGGUUCUUUAGGAAUAGAACACGAAAAACUUGCGACCCGAAUGCUUGAUGGUAUUGUUAGUAAGAUUGAAGAAUUAGAAGAUGCUAAUAAAGCUACAGAUGUCAUUGCCUCAUUAUGGCAAAUGAAUUAUGAUGUGGAAAGUGAUAAACAUGUGGGACAAUUAACGGAUUGGAUUAUUGAUAAAUCAGAAGAACUUAACGCUAAUUCUAUUGGAAAACUCUGUUGUAUAUUAAGUGAUACUAAUUGGAGACAUGUUCCACUUAUUCGGGCUAUUGCUGAACAGUCAGUUCGAUUGCAAACACAAGAAAAUGUUUCACCAGAGUGUUGCAGAGCCGUACUGGAUACAUUAGGUACAUUUAUGAUUCACCAUCAAGGAGCGAGAGAAAAUCUCUCAAUGCUCGGAAGGAGUGUAAGUAAAGAGAGGAUUCAACUUUCAGAAGAGGAAGAACAGCAAGUUCAACUUUUAUUACGGCGUUAA